AGUCAUCCUUUACCGUUCUAUUGGGGAUGGUCUUGGGGAUAAUUAAGUCUUUUCAAGAAUAUGUCCUGAUUUUGACUUUGCUCUGGGCAUUCAUUGGACUCCGUAAUUAUUAACACGACGAAGAAUAUUAAGGAGAAAUCCAUUAAAUGCUCAGCUGAAUAGAAAAUUUAUUCAUUCAGCGUUAGAAUCUCAGGCUGUGAAAAAAGAUAAAAGAUGGGUUCAAUCGGAAAGGAUAGUAGAGAAGAAGUUAUUCAAGCAUGGUAUAUGGAUGAUAGCGAUGAAGACCAGAGGCUUCCCCAUCACCGUGAGCCAAAGCAGUUUGUCUCCUUUGAAAAACUUGAUGAGCUCGGAGUGCUCAGCUGGAGGCUAGAUGCAGAUAACUAUGAAAAGGAUGAGGUUCUGAAGGAAAUCCGUGAAUCCCGAGGAUAUUCGUACAUGGACUUCUGUGAGGUGUGCCCUGAAAAGUUGCCCAAUUAUGAAGAGAAGAUAAAAAAUUUCUUCGAAGAGCAUCUUCACACGGAUGAGGAAAUUCGAUACUGUGUUGCUGGGAGUGGUUAUUUUGAUGUACGUGACAAGAACGAUGAAUGGAUCCGCGUUUGGGUGAAGAAAGGGGGAAUGAUAAUCCUACCUGCUGGAAUUUAUCACCGUUUUACCCUUGAUUCUAAUAAUUACAUCAAGGCAAUGCGGCUCUUUGUUGGUGAACCUGUUUGGACUCCGUUCAACCGUCCACAUGACCAUCUCCCUGCCAGGAAACAAUACAUCGAGACAUUUGGGGCAAAUGAGGCUGUUACAGGCCAUGCUGUUAAUGCUGCUGCUUAACUUUACUCCCUAAUCUACUACUACAACAUCAGUGCUUUACUGCCCUACUACCAACUAUUGUAUUAUAUAGUGCCAAGAAACUUUAGGCCACACUUUGAUAAAAUAAUGUCUCCAAUGGCUCGCCAUAUGGGAGUGUCACCGUUUGCGUAUCCUAUGUGAACUUUUGCUUCAGUUUGCUUUGUAAUUGUAUACAUUAUUUCAGCAAGUUUGGAUCUGUUAACACUUCAGGCUGAAAUAUAUAAUCCUUUUGUUCCAUAAAGAACACAUUUAUUA